GUUCAGAUUUUCUCUUAUCACUUUCAUGGCUUUGUUUACGUCGAACAGCUGUCGUCGAAAUAGUUCCUCCAGAAAAGUUGCAAACUCAUUUUCAUUUCGUUGGUGUCCUUCCAUAGAACGACAUGUCGCACAUUGACAACAUAAUCAUCCAAGUCCGGGCGGAGCUCAACCGGAACAGCAUCAAACUCUGGCUGGAUCCGUACUACAUCGAGGACAUUGGCCCCAUCGAGUCGGAGAUGGAGCGGCUGGCCCGGGACUUCAGCAGCGUCCUCAAUAUCCGGUACGACUACUGCCUGGCCGCCAUCAACGAGCUCCAGUCGAACGCGAUCGAAAAACUCCGCUCCAGGAAGGAAUUUCAAGAAACUGGAAUUGCCACUCUCAAGGUGCGGACCGUCCAGCGAACAAACGGUACUAACUUGCUCACACUCAAACUAGCCCUCACAGCGCCGGGCAAGGAACUCCAAAAGAAAAUUUCGGAAGAGCUCAAGAUCCCCGAGGAGCAUGUCAAGUUGAUUUCAGCAGGAAAAGUUCUAGACCCGGAGAGGCCGUUAUCCGAGCAAAAUGUGAACAACAACCAACAGCUCAUGGCAGUCAUCGUUGAAAACGGCACGGACGCCAACGGUGAGUGUGAAAUGUACGAUCGCGUGAAGAAAGCUAAGGAAGACGCGGUUAUGAUGGCCAAGUACGAUAACGAGAGCUUCAUGCAGUUGGAGGACCAGGACGGCAACGCCAUCCAUAUACCCCCCAACGAGCGCAAGUCCUUGGUGAUCGCCCUUGCACUACACAAGAAGGGUCGCGCUGCCCUGGAUCGCGAGAACUACCACGAAGCUCUCAUUCUCUUCCUCGAGGCGGACCAGGAGUUCACGGCAUGCAACGCGAACCUCCUCGAAACGGUGGACAACUACGCCCUCCUCAAUCUGGACAUCGUUUGGUGCUACCUUUGCCUAAAGAGCCUAACCCAACUGCCAGACGCUGAGCGUCGCCUUAUCAUUUGUGAGGAAAGUUUCCGGCGCACCUACGGCGACAACAUGGAUCGCGUGCGCGCUCUCAAGGGCAACGCAGCCAACGAGAAGGCGUUGAUGAUGCGCCUCCACCUCUUGCAAGCAGUGGUCAUGUUCCAUCAGAACCGUAGGAGCGAGGCCAAGGGCAUGUUCAUGCUCGCCGAGGCAGAACUGCGAAGCCUCAAGGUGGAUGAGGCCAGCGUUUCUAUGCUCGUCGACAUGGGGUACAGCCCGACUGAGUCACGGGUGGCCCUACGGGCUUGCGGUGGAGACAUCGAUCGCGCCGUCACACAUAUCCUUGAACGACGGGAAGCAAAGAAGGAGGCGAGGAAGAAGGGCAAGGAAGAGUUGCAUUUGGAUCGGUCUUUGCUGAAACGGGGCGGAGAAGACUGGGUCAACCCCAGGAGCUUGAACACUUUGGUGAACAUGGGAUUCAACAAGGAGCUCGCCAUUGUCGCACUAAAGAAGAGCGACAACAACAUUCAGACCGCGAUCGAUAUGCUGCAACACAACGUAGACGCGCUCGCUUCCGAGGUGAAGAAUGAGGAGCUGAAGGUCAGUGACGACCUAUUAAAUGAGAUUACGGCGAUUGGCUUCGCCCCUGAGGUUGUCCAGGUAGCCCUCGAGCAAGCCUUCAACAAUUCCGAGCGGGCGAUUGAGAUCCUAUUGAAGAUGCAAACCGACGGUACUUACGACGAGAUAUUGGAGAGUCUUCUUGCCAACAUGCCAUCCACAAGCGCCGGGGCCAGCAGCCGCCAAGAAGAAGCCGUGAAGAAUCUAAAAAAGUCCUCGGAGAAGUUCAAACAGACAAUGGAGGCUUACACCCGAUUUGCUGAAGACUUGUCCAAUGAGGACGAAGAGUAUUUGGAUUUGCCGCUGGUCCGCGAGGAGAACAUCUUGAAAGAGUACAACCGGCUCUUGCAGUGAGCGCCUCCAGUGGGCUGGCGCCGUGCACUUCUAUGCUUCCGUCAAUUCAGGUAUUUUAAACGAACUAACUGAGAAUGAAAACUAUUUUUAGAUUGAUGUGUUCCGUAACCCUUGUGAAAGUAUAUUAUGUAUGUGAAAUAAAGUAUACGAUAUGAUAGCAAA